AUGCCGUCACCAGAAACGUCGCCGGUGACUUGGCAGCAGAAGACAAAUUCUUCUUCAGCUUCCAUACCACGUAGACCCGUCCCAGCGACGAAGAAGACCGGCACCACUGUUCAUGUCACGGAGUCGACACCGACGGGAGGCCCGAUGGACACGCAUGGCAUCGACCUCAGCUCGCUAAGCGGAGCGCACUUCGGCGCUGAUCCACUGAUUCAAGGCCAAGACUCACCUUCGCCAGACCACAUCGCGGACAGGGCUCACAUUCACGACAAUCAUGACAGCCAACGCCAAGAUGCGCGUGCAGCUCUGCUUCACAACGCGCAGGAGCCGGCGAAUGAUGGGUACUUUGCAGGACAAACGGCACAGCAGCAAUAUCACCAACAGCAGAACCAAUACCACCAACAGCAGAUGCCAAGUCAACCACCCCCGUACGCCGCGGCCAAUUAUCUGGGCCCUCCGAACGAAAGGAGCAAGUCUUUUCGCAUGCGAAAGCCUCACUGCGCCAGCUUCUGGCACUCGGAAUGGAACAUGUACCUCUGGCUCGUCCUGGGCAUCGGCUUCGCGAUCGGUCAUCACGGGUUCUACAGCACCCUCGACGGCCAGCCGGCGGACGAUCAGGUGCGCAUGUUGCGGUAUGGCACGAUCCUUGCGUUCGCGGCGAAAGCGAGCCUGGGCGCUGCGGUGAUAUCGGCUUUUCAGCAGCGUAUUUGGGCGACGGUGAGGUCGAAGAUUCUCAGCGUCGCUGCCCUCGACUCCAUGUUCGCAGCCACGGAGAAUCUCAUCGCAUUUCUGAACUGGGAGUUCCUCAAGGGCGCCAAGGCGACGGCCGCCCUUGCGUUGUUUGUGUGGCUUUCACCUCUGGUCGUCAUUCUCACAGCCAACACGCUUCUCGUGCAGCCACAGGUCACCGUCCAAAACACGACUUGUCCAGGAGUCCGGAGCUUGAACUUCGCGAUGGAAGAGACUGCCGACUGGCGCAAGCCACUCAGGAUUGACGGUUUGUAUGAGAUGCCGCUAUCCUUCUGGAACACGACCAAACCAUCCGACGAAGAUCCUCCAGGAUGGUUUGACUACUACACGGCGCCUAGCCCCAACUUUCAGCAGACCGCGACUCUCGGCGCUUUCUUCCAGGAAGUCGUCUCGAGGAAGAACGCGUCUAUAGAAGUCUGCAGCAAGGGCUGGAACUGCACUUUUGAGAUCGAGUUCAAGGCCCCUGGGUACAAGUGCACGGAGCUGGCAAACGGUGUUGGCUCGACGCCCGCGAAUUUGACGCAACAGUCAGGCCAGGCUCAGUCACCAUUCGGCACUGAUCUACUCCUGCCGAAGGGAACUUACGCAUACUACGCCUUCGCAACCGGAGGGGAAUAUUCAACAGUGCAGAUGAGGGACGUCGACAUUGGGGGUGUCCCGAAGACGAAGCCCCCAUACCCGGAACACAUGGGGGCCUUCCGUACUGAGCCAAUCAUCUGGAUAGGUUACGUGGUCCCGGGAGCGAACGAUACUCAUGGGGCACAGAUUGGAGGCGAGCCGAACUUCAUCCCCAAGAUCUUUGCUUGCGAGCACUACGAGACGAAGUACACGGCGGUGUUCAACUACACAGACACGACGCAGUCCGCCUACAUGAAGAAGCGCGAGUUCCUCGCCCCGGUCAUCAACACGACGUACGUACCCCACGUGGACGCAGACGAUGGCACCGCAGACAACAUCACGGCCACCCCGACGGAGAACUACAUCCUCCCCACGGACGUUGCGAGGUACCGUCGCACGGCAGCUUACCACUCCCUCGGCUUCAUGCUGCGCAAGUUCCUCAACGGCACUGUCCAGACCGACAAGCAGCUCGUCAACCCGGUGACCAACACGGACGCGAUCCAGACGAAGCUUCUGGUCCCCAGAAACAACUUUUUCCCUCACGAGAAUCUCAUGGACAUGGUGCAGGAGUUUUACGAAGACCUCAUCCUCUCCAUUUUCUCGAUGCCACAGUUUCUCCCCGUGGUAUGGGCUGCCGCACCAAACGAGAUGACCGGGCAGCUUGUCCAAGGUGGAGGGCCUAAUAACAGGUCGGCCUACGAGUAUCCAUGCCAGCGGUCACGCAUGGCCAAUUUAUACAGUUAUCACGCCCGCGACCUGUGGAUAGUCUAUGCCAUUGCCAUAUUCCUCGCAAUGUCCGGCGUGGCGGCGGGAGCUCUUGCUAUUCGUACGAACGGAGGCGUGCUCCGGAACACCCGCUUCUCGAGCAUCGUGGCCGCCACUCGAGGUCCGGCUUUGGAGAAAGUGAGGUGGGAAGGCCCGGACCGGGACCGCGGAGACGUUCCAAAGGAUGUGAAGGAGUUGAAGAUUGGGUACGGCGUAAUGAAUCAGAACUUGGCGAGUCCUUUUGAUGCAGCCCAGAGAUACCCCCGGGAAAGCCCUUCCUGGUCUCCAAACGAGGUUAGAUGCGGGUUCGGUUUGGCAGGCGACGUGAAUCAGAACAAGAGGGAAGGGUCACUGUUUCACAGAUGA